UUGAUUAAAAAACGCAACAAACUGCCAUCAAAUGAUAUAACGUGCUGGUAAAAGUUCCGAGAGAAGCUUUUUUUCCAGGUAAAAAGAAAAAAAGACUCUCAGUAUGCCACCAGCGGCGCUGUCGCAUGCUCUUUCAACAGGGUCUAAAUAAGGAAAUGACGUCAGAUUUUACGGCUUUCGGUGAGCGCCUGAAAUGGAAAAGUAAGUCCCAGGAACAAGCAGCUGCCUGGGGCGACGGCGCCGCUGAAGCACGAGGUCAGUGCGGUUCGUGGUGAAUUUUGGGGCAGACCUCCUCAUUUCCACGAGAACGGUCGUUGUCUGCGGUCAGCAGCAGGAUGGGCGACAUAGCUGAGAAUGAAACCAGCUUCUACUCCAAUGCUGAGGACUACUGGAGGGAUGUUCCCCCCACAGUGGAUGGCAUGCUGGGAGGAUAUGGCACCAUCUCCAGCAUUGAUAUCAAUGGAUCAAAGGCUUUCCUCAACAAGUUCCUUGGAGAGGGAGAAGGGAAGACCGGCUGCAGCUGUGCUCUGGACUGUGGAGCCGGAAUCGGGAGGAUCACCAAACGGUUGUUGCUUCCCCUGUUCAAUACUGUGGACCUGGUGGACGUAACACAGGAGUUCCUGGACAAAGCCAAGCAUUACCUGGGCAAAGAGGGCAGAAGAGUGGAGAACUACUUCUGCUGUGGCCUGCAGGACUUUGAGCCUAUGAGUGGACGAUAUGACAUCAUCUGGAUUCAGUGGGUUAUUGGUCAUCUGACGGACAGCCAUCUGGUGGAGUUCCUGCGCCGUUGUCAGAAAGGUCUGAGACCCAAUGGGCUGAUUAUCAUCAAAGACAAUGUGUCGUACGAGGGCGUGGUCCCAGACGAGGUGGACAGCAGUGUGUGCCGGGAUUUGGAAAUAGUUCGCAGUCUUGUGAGCAGAGCAGGCCUUCAGAUCGUCCAUGAAGAGCAGCAGCUGAACUUCCCACAGGAGAUCUACCAGAGCCGGAUGAUCCAGAGCUGCAUCAGUACCAUAAAAAGCUGCAGAGUCAGCCUGAUGUUCCUGGACCUCUCAACCAUAACUGGAUCAGCCGUUAGCAGAGCACUGCAGAGUCUGAAAAGGCCUGAUGCACAAAUGAGUAACGAGACUUAAAACAGUAAACAACUGAUGAAUCUGUCAA